GUACAAUAAUGUGGUAGAAACUUGUAAUAAAUUUUAUUUUUAUAUAAGUAUAAUAAUAAUAACAAAACGUAAUUAGCUAUUCAUAAGUAAAUAUGGAUUAUAUUAACAAUUUAAAAAAUUUCGAUAACUUAUUUUAUAAUGCAGUCGGUCUUGUUUUUGGAGAAUGUAUUUGUCGGUUAAUAAAUGCAAUUUAUGAAUAUUUGAAAUAUCCAAAUCAUUAUGAACCGAAACAGAGAUUUCUUAAAAUUUUAAAAAUUGCCUUUAAUUUCCAAAGGAGAACGUCUUUGGUACUUUUUCUUCUUGCAAUUUUAUGGACGCAUUUGUGGAAUAACCCGGAUUUUACAGCUGAAUUGUUAAACCGAAGGGACUUAAUAAUUGCAUAUGUCAUUGCAAUGAAAUUAAAUCUGCAUAAGUCAGAUUUAUUGGAUGCAGCUGAAUGGAUAAGAUUGGGUUCAGGUGUGGAUUAUGCAUCUGGAAUGGCUUCCAACUACUUUAAUGGCUACAUUCGAUUACAACUUCCUGACAAAGGUGAUGGAAACAAAGGAAUUAUUGAAAGAUGUGAGGAAUACGAAGGUAAACACGGUGUAACGUUUGCAGCAAAAAAGUUAUUUAUCCUCGUGUCACAAUCUUUGCACAUGAAACCUGAUAUCGAAAGUGAAUUUCUUAAUCGAGCAGAGCCAUUGGAGAACGUUAUAAGGGACAGAGCCGGGGCAAAAAGGCCAUAUAGAAAUGAUGUAUAUUCAAUAAUAGCUGAAAGAGCUUUCAUUGACGAGGAAGGAACAAAAAUUAAAAUUAAAGAAAAAUAUUAUAUAGUACUUGAAGGGACUAUGCUAACUUUCUAUGAUACUUACAAAAAUAAAGUAACCUCAACCGAUAAAUUGAAAAUGAUGAAAAGGGAAAUCCUACUUCAAUUUUAUAAAAGCAUUAAAAAAUAUUGCUUAGAAUGUCCAGAAACGCAAAACGAAGUGGAUUUUAUAUAUUACAACGAUUGCGAACCUGACGGAAGUCUUAAAGACAUAGGUAAAAUUGUAAGGAAGCAUCUGGAAGAUGAAGUUAUAAAUAAGAAUUAGAAUUAAAGACUGUUUACAAGUUUGUGUUGAAAACUCCCAAAUAUUGCAAGUUAAUAUUACUACCUAGGCAAAAUAAUGAAGAGUAUUAACAGACUUAAAACUCAAAAUCCGCCGAUAAAGAACGAUGACAAUUUAUGGGCCUUAAGUAAAAAAGAAAAGAUAUAUAUUUGAGAGGUUUAUAGUUUGACAAUUUCAAACCACUAUCACAGCAAACUCGCUUAUACUUUUACAAUCAGUUAACUCUCACAGACAGUGGAACUCCAAAAAUAAGGUUAAGCGAAUUGAGAAAAUAAAUAAGUGUGAUGAAAAACAAAAAAAUCUGCUGAACAUAAUUUGAUCACGAUUGAAAUUCUCAUACAACUUCUGCAAAAGGGGCUAAAAAUGCUUUUAUAUGUAUGCUGUAGCUCUUAGACUAAAUUACGUUUUAAAAUAAUUAAAAGCAGCAGAAGUACCAAUGGUGCUUAUGCUAGAAAAGGAUAUAAACGAAAUAACAUCGUACAGACCCAUUUCAUUCCUAUCAAUGCUUUGUAAGAGAAAAACGAAUUGUUGGGUAUGUCUCUCAACUCAGCUUGGUUGCAGUAUUUCUCAAUUUAAAAAAAAAUUAUUUUGUCCAAUAUAUUUAUUAUAAACAAUAAAAUUCACAACUUUUUUUUUCAA